GAGCACAGGCUGAAUCAAGCUUGAUAUAAUACACAGCUAGACCUAAAGCGGAAAUGAGGUAACCUGACGGAGCUGCUGCGAAGGCUCAAGAGAAUUGUGAGGGAAACCAACGUCGAGAAGGAGGCUACAGAACGCCACAUUCAUGCCAUCGCCAUCUAACUCAUCGCUGAGGCUGAGGAAUUAAUACUCGGGAGGGAAAAAAAUAUAAUAAACAGGAUUGGUAGGAUUGACCACUUCAAUGUAUGCUGUAUGACCUUGCACUGAAUGUCAUCAUUGAUCCAUCAAAAACAAGACGGCAAGGUCAUCAGACAUGGAGAUUGUCACACAUCUGAUUAAUGACACCAUAGAAUUCUACAAAUGGACCUUAACCAUCGCAGACAAGCGAGUGGAGAAAUGGCCCCUGAUGGACACCCCCCUGCCCACUUUGGCCAUCAGCGCAUCCUACCUGCUGUUCCUCUGGCUGGGGCCCAAAUACAUGAAGAACAGGGAGCCCUUCCAACUUCGCAAAACUCUCAUUGUCUACAAUUUCAGUAUGGUCUUCCUCAACUUCUUCAUCUUCAAGGAGCUGUUUAUGGCGGCCCGGUCAGCCAGCUACAGCUACAUUUGUCAGAGGGUGAACUACUCCGACGACCCCAAUGAAGUCAGGGUGGCAGGAGCUCUGUGGUGGUAUUUCAUCUCCAAAGGCAUCGAGUACCUGGACACAGUGUUUUUCAUCCUGAGGAAGAAGUUCAAGCAGGUCACCUUUCUGCACGUCUACCACCACUGCACCAUGUUCACGCUCUGGUGGAUCGGCAUCAAAUGGGUCGCCGGAGGGCAGUCAUUUUUUGGUGCACACAUGAACGCGGCGAUCCAUGUGCUGAUGUACUUGUACUAUGGCCUGGCUUCCUGUGGUCCGAAGAUCCAGAAGUACCUUUGGUGGAAGAAGUACCUGACCAUCAUCCAGAUGAUUCAGUUCCAUGUGACCAUCGGCCACACGGCUUUGUCCCUCUACGUCAACUGCGACUUCCCUCACUGGAUGCACUACUCCCUAAUUUGCUACGCCAUCACCUUCAUCGUCCUCUUCGGCAACUUCUACUACCAGACCUACCGCCACCAGCAGCCCAGGCGCGACGCCUCCUCCUCCAAAGCGAGCAAGGCCUUCUCCAACGGGGCUGUCAAUGGACUCAGCAAGGCCACCAAUGGUGCGGCGGCGCUGUGCAAAGAUGACAAACCCCAGGAAAACACCAGCAGGAGAAAGAGGAAAGGAAGAGCAAAAAGAGAUUAGGGAAAAUGGUUGAGGUAAAAUAGGUCUGGUUUGAGUUAUUUAGUGUUCACGUGCAGAAGACCUCAUUUAAGGAAGGAUGGAUAGAUGAGCUAAAUGUGUGAUGCAUUCAUUUCAAGACAACUGGCUUGUGUGGAGAGAGCAUUGUAUUUCUUGUAUGAAAGGUCUGAGGUUAUACAGAGGCCGCCAUAAUUACAAAUAGGCCAAAAUACUCUCCAGUCAGAUCAGAGGAUUUCCUCUCUUUCUAAUGAUGCGGCCGUGGAGUGAUCGGGAAUUACGUAACCUUCUCUUGGCUCGUUUGGAAAGAAAUAUUAUCAUGGGAAUACACGCACACACACACACACAAAAUCAUAUCUGUUUAAAUUGUACACAAUGUAUGAAGCUGAUGUUGUUCUAAGUUCGUUGACUGGUGAGUUGCUAUGAUAAUCUUUAGAGCAACUGCCACUGUAUCGUGGCAGAAGUCAUCAUAUCGUACGUAAUGUCAAAAGGCGCCUUUGCGGUUAUUCACCAAAUGUUAUUAUUGUAAAGAUGGAGGAAGCUGUCAACAACAAGUGGUAUGGUAUGAGUGAAGAUAACAAGAUAAUAUUAUGUUUUAUUCUUUUGGAUAUGAAUGGUAGUCUUCUAUUUCAAAUGGAGGCACUGCAGGUCUCAAAGUGAUAUAAAAGUGUAAAAUAUUCCACAGGAUUUCUGUAUGCAAUGUGCGUUUUGUAUGUCCCUACUUGUGUGUAAUGUGACAAUGUGGACCUGCUGUCAUUUGCCCGGCCAUAUACUGAUUUUUAGGAUGUUUGCUCACGUUUUUUUUUCUAUUUAUAUUUUAUUGCUUGUCUCAUAAGAUGGUGAAAUAAGUUGUGCACUAAAACCUCAUGUUAUUGUUUAAAAAUAUUCAAAGCUAGCUAGCGGACAAGGGUUUUUUUUUUUCAAUUUAAAUCACUUUCCUUCUUUUGCUCAAAUAAUUUGUUUUGACAGAUUUAUGUUUACAGGCUUAGUCCAUGUCUUCAGCUGGCUGAAUGUAAACAUCAUCAUAAAAGAAAAGAAAAAAAAAACAGCAUUGUACUCUCAUUUAUUUACAUAAAACGCAGGGCUCUUUAAAUUCUACAUCUGCCUAGAAGAAUAAUUGCUGUCCCUGAAGUAUUUUGAGUGCAGUGUAAAUUGGCCCCAUUGUCCAAUUUUCAUUAACAAAUACAUUUUCAUUUUUUUAUUUAUAUCUUUCAGUUUUCAUGUACAUACUGAUCUUUUCUAUUAUCUCACUGAGAAUGCUUGUCGUGUAUAUGUGCUGUAGAUAAUACAUUGUGAUCUUUUGUACGGUACUCUGCUCCCAGCUUGUUAGUUGGCUUGGGCAUUUGUCCAUCUUGCUUUUGUGUAUUUUUUCUUUUUUUUUUAAAGUACAAUAUUAUAAAAUUGAACUCUUAAAUUAAA